AAAUAGCAUUAUUCUCAUCGAGAUCAGCAAAUAUGGGAGCUCUUAACUUUUCUGUCAUCCUAAAUUCUGCAACCACUGUGCUUCCAUCUCCAUACCCAUCUGCCAGAUUUUCUCAAUGGCGAUUCAGAAAUGCAAAAUGCAAUGUUUCCACCAGUUAUGCAGGAUCUGCUAUCUCUGAGUUCUUUCAUGGUAAAACGUCAUGUCAGGUCUUCAAAUCUACAAGUACAAGUACACCCCUUAACACAGAUUUUUCAAAGGUUGUUCAUACAAAGACAGAGCAAAUUUCUUCUACUUUUGAGUGCGUAGAUGCUGAUAUUAAGAGGAUACAACUUUUAUUUUCAGAAAUUGAGAAAGGACAUGCAUAUGUUUCACCUUAUGAUACAGCUUGGGUAGCAAUGGUCCCCUCUUUGGAAAACUCUCAAUUACCACAAUUCCCACAAUGCCUUUCAUGGAUAAUGGACAAUCAACUCUCGAAUGGAUCUUGGGGAUUAUCAAACUUUCCUUAUAAUAAAGACCAUCUUUCUCACACCUUGGCAUGCAUUAUUGCACUUAAAAGAUGGAAUCUUGGCAUAAAAAAUGUGAACAUGGGUUUGAAGUUUAUAAAAGAAAAUAUCGGACAAAUAACCAAUGAGGAUUGCUAUAAUCCCACUGGAUUUGAUCUGAUCUUCGCUGCAAUGUUAGAAGAUGCAAGAGACUUGUCCUUAGACCUCCCUUAUGAUUCGCCUCCUAUAGAACUAAUGCUCACUAAGCGAGAACAAAUCCUUAAGAGUAUAGGAAUAGAUCAUCUCAAUGAGUAUAAACCAUCUAUGGUUUUCAUCAUUGAGGGUAUUCGGAACAUUGUUGACUGGGAUAAAGUGUUAAGACAUGAGAGCACGGAUGGCUCACUCUUCCAUUCUCCCUCUGCAACUGCUUGUGCUCUGAUGCAUACUAAAAAAUCUAAUUGCCUUAUGUAUUUGAAUUCAAUGCUAGGAAAUUUGGAGAGUGGAGUGCCUAGUGUUUAUCCCAUAAAGUUGAUUACUGGUCUUUCAAUGGUGGAUAUGUUGGAGAGGUUAGGUAUAGCAAGACAUUUCAAAUGUGAGACAAAACAAGUUCUAGAUAAUGUCUAUAGAUGCUGGAAAGAGAAUGAAAUAAUUCAGGGAAUAUCAUCAACAUCAGACAUAAUUAACAGUUCUAUCAGUUUCAGGGUUCUAAGAUCCAAUGGAUAUGAUGUGUCUCCAGAUCUCUUUCUCAAUUAUUUAAAAAAUGGCGUCUUCCUACAAUCUCUAGAAAAUAGUGGCCAAGCUGUGAUAGCAAUGCUGAAUUUGUACAAAGCAUCUCAGUUGAUGUUUCAAGGUGAAAGAGUUUUGGAAGAAGCAAAAUCCCUCUCCCAAAACUAUCUUGAGAAUAUCAAAAUGGAUGAACAAAAUACAGUCCUCUGUGAAGAGGUUAAGUAUGCGCUCGCUGUCCCUUGGAAGGCUAGUUUGGAGAGAAUAGAACAUCUAAGAUACAUCAAAAACUUUGGUUUUGAUGAUAUUCGGAUAGGAAAGACCUCUUACCGAAUCCCUUGUUUAGGCAAUGAUUGUUUUCUAAGUUUAGCCAAAAAUGACUACAAUAUUUGCCUAGCAGUGCAAAAGGAGGACUUGCAGGAGUUAGAAAAAUGGAGUGUAGACUCUAAACUUGGUAGCCUACACUUUGCUCGAAACACUGUUGUAGACUCCUAUUUUUCUGCUGCCUCAACACUUUUUAGCCCUGAAAUGUCUACUGCACGCAUCGUAUGGACUAAGAUUGCAGCUCUUACUGUGUUAAUGGAUGAUUUUUAUGACGUGGCCAGUUCAGACUCCAUUGAAGAGCUUCAGUACUUUGUUGAUGCUGUUAAGAGGUGGGAUCCAACAGUGAUUUGUAAUCAUUCGGACAAUGUGAAAAUUUUGUUCUCUGCAAUUUAUAACACUGUCAAUGAUAUUGCUCAGGAUGCCUGGGUCUUUCAAGGCAGGGAUGUGAGCACCCAUUUAAGGGAAAUGUGGUACAAGCUAGCAAUCUCAAUGAUGGAGGAGGCUGAAUGGGUCAAACACGGAUAUAUACCAACAUUGGAGGAAUACAUCGAAACUGGAAAAAUUACUAUCGGACUGGAACCAAUUGUUUUUACAGCACUCUAUUUUGUAGAGCCUGAGAUUUCAGAGCUAACCAUCAACCAUCAUGAGUACAACAGUCUAAUGGAUCUCGUCAGUAUUUGUGGGCGUCUUUUGAAUGACAUUCAGACCUACGAGAGGGAGACCAAGCAAGGAAAGAUCAACUCCGUGUCACUGUUCAUGAAAGAAUAUCCAGGGACAUCUGUUGAGAAUGCUACUGAGUGGAUGAGACAAACAGUAAAUGAAAGCACACAAAAACUACUGAGGAACUUAUUGCAGCCUAGCGUUCUACCUCGCGAGAGCAAGCAGUUAUAUUGGAAUCUAGCCAAAAUUGUCCACCUAUACUACCUCAACAGUGAUGAAAUCACGUCUCCCACUGCAAUGCUUAAACAUAUAAGGGCAAUUAUUUUUGAUCCUGUAUCAUAAAUUCUAAAAGAGAGUGUUUGAGAUAGUACCACCUGGUGCUAUUAAUAAAGAGAAUCCUUGUCAAUGGAUUAAGGAAAUAUCUAAAAUAUUUCUUUUUAUUCAAUAAAAAUAAGAGGUCAAAGAAUAACAGUUAUUAUAGUAGUUAAAAACAAAAAAAUAUUGGUAGAAUAUUUUGAAUUUGUUUCUAUGUAAAAAUAAUUAGAAUAUGUAUCAUUUUUAAUUGAAAGUAAUUAUGUAUUGUCUUGCCUCAUCAA